AUGUCGAUGGAUCUUGAUGCCCCAGUUUCUCUUCCUUCCCUCCAUAGACCACAGGCGGCGACAAUCCUUUGCUGCAACUGCGGUGCGCCCAUAGAUGGCACGGCCUCGGCAGGUGCUUUGUGCUAUGACUGCAUCAAACUUACCAUCGAUGUAUCCGAGGGAAUACAGCGAGAGGGAGUAUUGCAUACGUGCCGGGAUUGCGAACGAUGGCUGAGUCCACCCUCGCAAUGGGUGACAGCGGCACCGGAAAGUCGAGAACUGUUAGCUCUCUGCCUUCGAAAACUCCGAGGUCUCAACAAAGUCCGGAUCAUCGAUGCCAGCUUCAUUUGGACGGAGCCUCACUCGCGACGGGUCAAAGUCAAGAUCACGGUCCAGCAGGAAGCCUAUGAGGGAACGAUCCUGCAGCAGACUUUCGAGGUGGAGUAUGUCGUCGCUUAUCAACAGUGUCCCGAGUGCCAAAAAUCAUAUACACCAAACACAUGGCGAGCCUCGGUGCAAGUCCGACAGAAAGUGCCUCAUAAGCGGACCUUUUUGUACCUUGAGCAACUCGUCCUCAAACAUCAAGCCCACAAAGACACUAUCAACAUCAAAGAAGUUAAGGAUGGAUUGGAUUUUUAUUUCGCCCAGCGUAACCAGGCCGAAAAGUUUGUCGACUUCCUCACCUCGGUCGCUCCAGUCAAAGUGAAGAAGGCUCAGGAGUUGAUCUCCACCGAUGUGCAUACGUCGACCAAAUCCUACAAGUUCACCUUUUCGUGCGAACUUCUUCCAAUUUGCAAAGACGACUUGGUUGCUCUUCCCAUCAAACUGGCCAAAUCCGUCGGAAAUAUUAGUCCACUAGCAAUAUGCUACCGAGUAGGUACAGCCAUUAACCUCCUCGACCCUACCACCCUACAGACUGCAGACCUUUCUGCGAACAUAUACUGGAGAAUUCCCUUCAAGAGUUUGGCGGAUGUGCGAGAGCUUGUGGAAUUUGUUGUGCUCGACAUUGAAUCUCUAGGCACUCAGAACGGUCGGUUUUUCGGGGCCGAGGCCACUGUGGCACGAGCUUCAGAUCUGGGUGUCAACGACAAGACGUACUAUGUCAGGACGCAUCUGGGAGGCAUCUUGCACGCUGGAGAUUCUGUGCUUGGAUACCAUCUGACGGGCACCAACUUCAACAACGCCCAAUUCGAGGAAUUGGAGCAGAGCAACACCUUCUCGUCAACCAUCCCGGAUGUGAUCCUGGUGAAGAAAUUUUAUGCGCGGAAGAAGAAGUCGAAGUCCAGGAGCUGGAAGCUUCGACGCCUAGCCAAGGAUGAGGGUGACCUGCUUCCGAAGAAGGCAGACCAGGACAGGAUGGAUGCAGAUUAUGAGACCUUCUUGCGGGAUGUGGAAGAGGAUGCGGAACUCAGGCAGACGCUGGCAUUGUACAAGGCUCAGCAGCAGAGGAAGAAGGAUGCUGACGAGAUGAGCAUGGCCACGGGAGAAAGCAGCGAAGAUGAAGUGCCACAAAUCAACCUGGACGAAUUGUUGGAUGAUUUCGAAGACUUGAACGUCAACGACUAA